AUGCUAAAGUUUUUAAUAUUUUGUUUGAUUGGAUUAUCAGUGUUUGGAUACACAUUCCCAUAUGAUGGAGAUGUAUUAGUACUUAAUGAUAAUAAUAUAAAUACUGCUAUUAAGCAGUAUGAUUACUUAUUAGUUGAGUUUUAUGCUACAUGGUUUAAAUUGAUAUUUUACCUCUCAUUAUAGGUGUGGCCAUUGCAAACAAUUUGCCCCAGAGUAUUCUCAAUUUGCUACAUAAGUGAAAGAUGCUGGUCAACCUUUCAUUGUUGCCAAACUAAAUGGUGGAGAUCAGGAAAAAUAAGCUAUGAAUAGGUUUAAUAUUUUAAUUUGAAAAAUAGAUACAAAGUAUCAAGUUUCCCAACCAUAAUAUUACUCAUAAAAGGACAUGCAGUACCUUAUAAUGGAGAUAGAAGUGCUAAUGGAUUAAUGAAUUUUGUAACUUAAGCUCUUGAAGAUAAAUUAGUGAGAAUUGAUGAAAUUGAUGAUGUUUAUAAGGUAUUAAUAAAUUCUUACUUUUUAUUUAGUUUUUAAGUGAUAAUAAUUUGAGUCUAUUAUAUUUUGUUAAAGACUUACAAUAACCAGAGUUAUAGAUUUAUUCAUUGGCUGCUAAAAUAUUCCCUAAUUUGAAAUUUGGUUAUACUAUAUCAGCUUAUGCCAGAGUAAGAUAAAUUAAAUAUUAUUAUAGAAAUUAUAUGAUGUAGAUGAAGGAUAAAUAGUUUUAUUUAGAACAUUUGAAGAAAGAAGAAAGGAAUUUACUGAUCAAUUAACUUUAGAAAAAUUAACAAAUUUCUUAUAUGAAAAUUCAACUCCAUCAUUUGAAGAAUUAGACAAUAAAAGUUAUGCUUCUAUAUUUAAUAAAAAUACACCAGCUUUAAUUCUCUUUUGGAAUUAAUAAAGUUAAGAUACAAAAGAUGUUUUAAAAUUGAUUGCUCCAAACAUUAAAAAAAGAAUUACAGUUGUUUCUGUUUAUUCUGAUAAUUAUAUGGUAAAUUAAGUUACAAGUCAUUUAUUUAUUAAUACUCCUACAUUCCCUUCAUUAUAUUAUUAUAAGACAACAAAUGAAGUUUAUAAAUUUGAAGGAUAAAUAACUGUUGAAAAUGUUAUGAGAUUUGUUCAUGAAGCCAAUAAUGGAAAAAUUAAAAGAAAACAAAAAUCUCAACCUAUACCAAAUCAAACAUCAAAUGUUUUAAAAGUUGUAGGUGAUACAUUUGAUGAAUUGGUUUUGAAUUCAAAGAAAAAUAUUUUAGUUUAGUUUUGUUAAACAUCAAAUAGUAAAUGGUAAAUUUAUCAAAUUAUAAGUAUAGUUAUGAACCAGAAUUUGAAGAUUUGGCAGAGGAAUUAAAAAAGAAUGAUAAUUUAGUAUUGGGUCAAAUAGAUUUAUCAUAUAAUGAUUUAGAUAGUGUGAAUAUUGAAAAUUAUCCAGGAUUUAAAUUAUAUAUACCAAAAGUGACAUCAAAUCCAAUUAAUUUUGAUUAAGAAUUUAGUAAAGAAAAUUUAUAUGAAUUUAUCAAAUAAAAUGUUUAAGUUACAUAUAGAGAUAAAGAAUAAAACAAAAACAAAUCUGAUUUGUGAA